GAUGGAGAGUAUAAUCAAAGGAACGUAGGAAACAAAAGAAUCUUAGUUGCUUUGACGUCCAAGAUACCUAAACAAUGCUUUUUUAAAGUGUAAAGAUCCCUUGUGGAUUUUCAUACAGUUAUGAGAAAAAACAAACACAUGGGAUGUUGCUUUGCGUUGCAUUGUUGAUACCAAUAUUGGCAAAGGAACACAUUCCUUUGACACAAUCCUAUGUAACCUCUCAAUCUAUGUUUCCUCCUUCCUUUAUAUCUUUGUUGUUUUACCUUAACAGUUUUCAAUGCAUCAAAAACAAUGGAACAAGAUUGUGGUGCUUUUACAGCAGAUUGUGUUGUCCUCUGUUGCUGCUGUGAGUGCUUUAUCCUACAGUUCUUUAUCUUCAUCUUCUACAAGAUGCCUUCUAAAGUUGCUCACAAGAUGAAGAGGUUUGUCAUCAGGAGGCUGCUCAGAGGAAAGAAGAGAAGAUUGCUGCCUGCAAAGGAUGAGGAUUGCAGAGAAGAGGAGCGUUUGCCUGGUGAUGUCUCCAGAGUUAGUUGCAUGGAAGAUAUUGAGGAGAUGUUGCAUGAGCUCUCCAUGGAGGGAGAGUUUGUGUUUGGGAGUUUCUGGCGUCAAGGAGAGACUACAAACGAUUUUGACUUCGGAAACUCACAAUAUGAAAUAGAAGAAACCAAUGAUCAUCCUUUGUCAUUGCUCAUCACACAAGAUGUCUUCAUUGCUCUAAGAAUGACAAUAUAUUAA